CUACCAAACCCGUCCAGUGCCAACAACGCACGUGAACACAAUGUACAUGUACACAGUUCACGUCUGGAUUCUUAUUUCUAAAAGCCCAGUUGGUCAUGAAUGACGAAGCCCUAUUGACAUGAUUGAAAUGUACUGGGACAAUUGCUUUUCAUUCCAUUCCUCCGAUUGCAAACAAACCCCUAAAAGGCUGCUGGGGCAUAGUACAUGUACAUGUACAUGUAUGGUGUACAUGUACAUUACCAGCCCCUAGGCAGCUCAUUCCAUAUGAACUCUGGACUGUGAUAACAAGAGGCCAAGGUCAUAGGUGAGUGGAAGGGCUAGACGGCAUUAAACCUGUCUCUUGUGAAGGCAGAAUGCCAUGCACGCGGCACAAGGCACACGCACACGUACUCGUACACAACAGUCUGUGAACAAAGCCAUUCUACAACAACAACGAGGGACGUUAGAGCUGAAGCAACGACAAAAGAAUCUGAAUUCUGCAUUGGCUGUUGGCACCAUCUAGCACCCAGACUUCUUCAUCAAUAUGGCUGACCAGGUGAGGUUCACUCUGUGGGCAUGUCCUCGCACCUGCUCUUCAUCCUUCUUGAAAAGCAUGAACAAGAUGCCUGAUUGCCAGAUCAUCUUUGAGCUCUACACCACGGCCUGGCACUUUGGACCUGAGAGGGACCUGACGGUCGCCUCCACUUUCCCCAAAGAGCCUGACGUGGUCACCAACAUGACGGAGGCCGGCCUGCUGGAGAAAGACUCACAAUCCGGAUUCCACAGCUCAGUCUGCACCUUCGACUUCUGCAAGAAGCAGCUGGAGGCUGCGUAUCCCGGCAAGCGGCUGGUCCUCAACAAGGAGAUGGCCUCCUUUCUCAUCCCCAAGUACAACUACCUGCCGAAGGGCUACCGGCACGUCUUCCUGAUCCGGGACCCCAGCAUCGUCUUCCCCUCCUGGAAGAAGAUUGUCCAGGAGAUGCGGAUGGUCAAGCACGGGGAGGUCAUCGCCUUAGAUGACCUAAUCCUGGACAGGCAGCCACUUGACAUCAUGCCUGCUGGCCUAGGGUUCAAGGAAACCUAUGAGAUGUACCAGUACAUCAAGGAGAAUAACAUGGACCCGGAACCAAUUGUCAUUGAUGCAGAGGACCUGGUUGCUAAUCCCGAAGGGGUCUUAUCAGCCUUCUGCAGUAGGAUGGGCUUGCCGUACUCCUCGUCUCUCCUGGGCUGGGAGAGCGGGUCAGAGCUGGCUGCCGACUGGAUCAUCAGCCAGCGCCACAAGUUCAUCCUCAAGAACGCCAAGACCAUGGAUGUGUUCCGCAACAGCACCAGGUUCCAAAAGCCCGAAGUGGAGGAGGGCCAUUACGCCAAGAUAACGCCUGACGUCCAGCGGUGCAUCGACCUCAGCAUGCCUUACUACGAGAAGAUGUAUGAACACCGUCUCAAGAUCUGAGCGCAUCCCAUCUUGAUGCUUGUCUAUUGGACACCCACUUGACCCUUUCUUUCACCAAAGAUGCCACUGUCCCACCCUGUAACAACUGUUGAACGUCAUCAAGACUUGCACAAUAAAGCUAUCCUACAUCGUAGUGACAUUUAGAGAGAGGCAGUCACCUGGACUUGAAACGAUCCCUGUAUCUACAUAAGAAAGAUAGCGCUUGGGAGACUGUGUGUGCCGGAGAAUGACUCACAGUACAUGUACAUCUACAUGUACUAGUCUGAUAGUCUCCAAGUUCUUGUCUUAGAGUUGAUCUCACAGGGCAUUCCUAUUUGCCAAGCAUUGUACGCAUGCUCGCAUAUUUACCUUUCAGGUCAUGCCGGUGUAUUCAACUUACAGGUACAUUACAACAGCCUUUAAUUUCCCACAUGUGUAUGUAUACUCAAGCAUGUAGUCGGCAGUCAAUGUGCGAAAUGACAGCUGCAAACCAACAAUAUCUGCCCUCUGAAAAGGAUUACUAUCCUGAAAUCUGAUCUGCUCUCCCUCUGACUUACAAAAAACAAAAACAACAAAGAACGCCAUUUUGGAAACUUGUUUUCUUUAGGGUGUAACCCUGUUGAAUAAGGAGAACUUUUGCGGAUGUUGUACUUACAACACGAUCUGAGAAGGCCAUCAUAACAGAACACAAAAAACAGCUUAAGAAUUUUGAAAAGUGAAAAACAAUUCUGCAAAUGAUGAACAAGGCCAGCUAACUUUCAAAUUUAAUACAUGUACAUGUAGCGUACCUUGUGUGGAACGGUUUGUUCUAUGUUCAUGUAUGUGUGUGACUUUACAUGUACCGAUAGGCUGAUCAUGUUGGCACACGCACAUACAUGUCCAUGUACAUGUGCAGGUAGAAACCAAGAGAGUUCAUUACACAUGUUAUACAUGUAACUUUUAAGCGAAAUGCAUGUAGACAGCAACAUCAGCACACAUAAUGCAAAUGUACACGUAUGCAUGUGAUUGUAUCAUGUACAUGUAUAUGUACAAAUGUAUGUUACUGCUGGCCACAUUCCUUGGUAUGAUUUUAACAGCACAAAAAGUCACAAUAGCAACUCUACAGUUCAAUAAUAAUCAAUCAAUUUACUGUAAAGCUGCUUCAGCAGAAUGUGAGCCCGUCAUCAUCGUCGCCAAAUGGUUUAAUUUAAAACAUUUAAAAACUUUGGCUAGGAUAAAUGCAUGUACAUAUAUGUACAUGUACAUUCAAAAUGAAUGUGUUCCAGUAAGAUACACACUGUACAUUUCCAAUUGGGUCACAAUAAAAGAUAAUUUAUAUAAUUCAAGUGCAAGUACAUGAACAAUGUACAUGGACUUAUGAUUAGACUGCACCAAUUUUACAAAAGUAUGCAUAGAUAAAUAGCACAAGGUUUUCAUUUCAAUGACUUUGGUCCAAGAUGCUGGUAAUAUACAUGUACCCGUGCAUGUAUGGUACAUUUGCACGUUUUUAGCUCAUACAUGUAAGUGCCAUCUGUCAUGUAUGUAGGUACGUAAUUUGCAUGUGGCUUGCAUCAAGGGUUGAUUUUGCAGUAAGGCAAAAUUCCAUGCAUGAAAUUUGGAAGUUAAGGGUUUUUUUUUACCCAAAACCGUUGUCACAUUUUUCUUGCCAAGAAGACAGUGAUAGAAAGCUUUGGUCAGCUGCAUAUCUGUACGAAUAACUGCAGUACGUGCGUGUGCUUAAUGCAAGCAAAGAUCUUCCUCUACAUCUGUUUGAUUUGGGUUGUGCAAAUUGUUGAAAUCAGAUAAUAAUAACAAAAAGCAGAGAAAUGAAUAUGAAGACAUUAAAAUGGCAAACAGGA